AUGUCAGAAAACAAGAAAGCUGGCAAGAAAGUGUUGCUUGUUUAUGCACACCAGAACCCCAGUCCUUUAGACACGGCCUUGAAGACGGCAACUGAGGAUGAGCUAAGUAAGCAGGGCUGCACAGUCACCGUGUCUUCUCUAUAUAACAUGGACUUUGGGCCAAGGGCCUCUGGUGAUGGAAUUACUGGUGAAUGCUGUAAUCCAGAGCUCUUCAGCAAUGGAGUGGGAGCCUAUGAUGACUGCAGGGAAAAGUCUUUGGCCCAAGAAAUCACUGAUGAGCAGAAAAAGGUCAAGGAAGCUGAUCUAGUGAUAUUUCAGUUCCCACUGCAUUUGUUUAGCAUGCCAGCUGUCCUGAGGGGCUGGAUGGACAAGGUGCUGACCCGAGGGUUCGCUUAUAAAACCACAGAAUCCAGUAGAGUCACUUUGCUCAAGGGUAAGCUGGCAAUAUCAGUAACCAGAGGUGACCAUGUCUGGAAUGACAUAAAGAACACAGACAAUGAGGAUCCCCUGGCCUAUCUGUGGCCCUUGCCGCAUGGUGUGUUGCACUUAUGUGGAUUUAAAGUUCUGGCCCCACAAAUCAGUUCUCCUCCUAAACUUACAUCAGAAGAACAACAAAAGGGGAUGGUGGAAUCCUGGGUGAAGAGACUGAAGACCAUCUGGAUAGAGGAGCCCAUCAAGCCACGGUGUACCCUUAAGCUAUUGUAA